AGUAAAGGAGCGGAGGUGGCUCCUACUCCCUCAGGCAGUCAGUCCAGUCCAGUCAGUCAGUCAGUCAGGGCAAAGUGGCUCCCUUCCUGGCUGCCUUUCCUUUCCUUUCCUUCCUUCGGCCGACGACCCGCUUUGCUCUUACCGACGCACCGGGCAGCCCCCCUUUUUCUCCCCCCCCCUCAACUUCCCUUUGCUUUCCCGGCAGCCGGGAAGGGAAGCGCCCGGGGGAUCCCCGCGGCUGGGCCGGGCCGAGCCCUGAAGCGAAAAGAGAGAGAAAGAAAGAGAGAGAGAGAGAGAGAGACGGAAAGACAGACAGGCUCAUGUUGCUACAUAAGAAAUUGGGAAACUCUGAAUGCAAAAUAAAAACCAAGAAGCAAAAAUGUAAUAGAGGAACCUAGUAUCCAGCAGUAUCACAGAAGGAGUAAACCUUCAAGUGAGGAAUAAUAAGAAAGAAGAUAAUGUUCUUGGCAGCCCUGCUGGAUGCUACAUGCUCUGCAGAAACCAUUUGCUUGCCGUAUUAUGCCUGCAGACAAAGUAAUGUAUAAUGAAGACGGAAAACACAACGUACAAAAACUGACUUUUGCCUAUAAGGUGACCGCCGAGACUUCAUGACCCUUCUUUAAAAGGAAGCAGAUUCUGCGAGGAUGUUACAUCACCAUUGCCGGAGGAACCCUGAGCUACAAGAAGAGUUGCAGAUUCAGGCAGCAGUGGCCGCUGGGGAUGUCCAUACGGUGCGCAAAAUGUUAGAGCAGGGCUACUCUCCCAACGGCCGAGAUGCUAAUGGCUGGACCUUGCUCCAUUUUUCAGCAGCCAGAGGGAAGGAACGAUGCGUUCGUGUAUUUCUUGAACAUGGAGCGGAUCCUACAGUGAAAGACCUGAUUGGCGGCUUCACCGCUCUACAUUAUGCAGCUAUGCAUGGCCGAGCCCGGAUUGCACGCCUGAUGCUGGAAUCCGACUACCGCGUCGAUAUUAUUAACGCGAAGAGCAACGACGGUUGGACUCCCUUGCAUGUGGCAGCUCAUUACGGAAGAGACUCCUUUGUCCGACUCUUGCUGGAGUUCAAGGCUGAAGUCGAUCCGCUGAGUGACAAAGGUACUACGCCACUUCAGCUUGCCAUUAUCCGCGAACGGUCCAGCUGUGUCAAAAUCCUCCUAGAUCACAACGCCAACAUUGACAUUCAAAAUGGCUUUCUGUUACGCUACGCCGUGAUCAAAAGCAAUCACACUUAUUGCCGGAUGUUCCUUCAGAGAGGGGCGGAUACGAACUUGGGGCGCUUAGAAGAUGGACAGACGCCAUUGCACUUGUCUGCUCUUAGGGAUGACGUACUUUGCGCGCAGAUGUUGUACAAUUAUGGCGCGGAUACCAACACAAGGAACUAUGAAGGACAGACUCCGUUGGCGGUUUCAAUAAGUAUAUCUGGAAGUAGCCGGCCUUGUUUGGAUUUCUUACAGGAAGUAACAAGGCAGCCUCGGAACUUGCAAGAUCUCUGUCGAAUUAAAAUCCGCCAGUGUAUAGGCCUUCAAAACCUCAGGCUUCUUGAUGAACUACCGAUUGCCAAGGUCAUGAAAGACUACUUAAAACACAAAUUUGAUGAUAUCUGACAAUUUGCAAGAGUUGGACAAUAAGCAGGAUUAGUUUGUAUUCCAGAUACCUUUCAAAGGCUGGUCACCUUGCACAACGUAUAUCCUAUGCAAUUUCUGAUAUAUUUUUUUUUUUAUUUUUUUUCCCGAGAAGUCAGAAGGCAGUGAAAAACUUUGUCCUUCUGAGGAUAGCAUGAAAAGAUAGUAGCCAAAUAUUUGUUAAUAUUCAAUACUUUAUACAACACCCAUGCGGGAGUAAACUUCAGUCCCUACACAUUGUGGCUUGCAAAUAAGAGGACACUUACAAAAAGACAUACACUUCCCAGAAAAUUCCCAAUUCCUUCCCCCAUUAAGGCCUUAUUAUACUAAUGCAAAACAGGCUUCCAGCCCUAUUUCAGAUUCUAGUUAAGAUGUGAACCUUGGCUUACUAUAAACCACACUUAACAGUUGUAUAGACGUAAUGCUAAGCUUCGGUUACGGCUAAGAAUAGAAGGGGAAGAAAAGACUGUAUGGAGAUCAGAUUCCUGAGGCUACUUCCUAAUGUACUAAUCUUAUUUAUCAGGGAACCGGUGGUCUGCCUGAAGCUUUGAAAGUUCUCUUGAAGAAAAUAGGUCAUUUUUUCUGCUCCAGCAAGCUUCUGUUCGUUUCAGUCCUGUAGGACUUGAGAUGGAAGCUUCCUCCGCGGUGUCUUCGCAUGCUUGUCAGGUUGCUACAGCGAACCCAGAGAAUUUGAGACCUCGAGACUGGUUUGACCAGAUCAAGUCGCAGCUCUGUCACUGUGGGAAGGAUAACGUACUAUUUUGUCUCCUGUUCCGUCUUCCACGCAGCUCUCUCCAUGUUAGCAAUUUCAUAAUUUGUUUUUUUCCUUUUGUAAUGUAAGGCUUUUCGGUUGGGUCAUUUUGAAUUAAAAUAAUUUUACCAAUUCUUUUAAA